AAGACGACGCUGAAAAGGAGGAUAUAGAGACUAGCGAAGAUAGCGAUGACGACGAUGAAGACGAUGACGACGAAGAGAGCGAGGACGAGGAAGUCAUAGCUCGCAAGCUCAAUGAGCAACUUCUGGAGGACAUCCGUCGCGCACGCGCCGACGCUGCGCCAACCGCAGCAAGCACAGCCAAGAGGUUUCCUAAGGAAGAAGCGGCACUUGCGACGAUGAAAACUGUCCUUUCGUUUGCUGCUUCUGAUCCCGUAGUUCACGAGACCUUUUCAACCACCGAGGUUCCUGGCCAUCCGGGUACGAACUUGCUAGAAAUGCUCAACAAGAUUGUAGAGGAAGGACGCAUAGCACUACAGUUUGCAGGUCCACUGAGUCAUGCCCUAGUCAAGCUCGCUAAAUCCGAGGUGUUAUUUUCUCCGCUGCCCAGUCUACCUAGUCAGACGCUAAAACGGAAGCGCGACGGAACAGAGGAACAAACAGAACCUCCCGCAAAGCGAACGAUGACGGAGGAUCCAAUUCUACUAACUCAACUAUCUGAGGCAGUAGAUGCCGUUACUAAGGCAUGUACCGCAUCAAACAGUGCUGUUUUGGAGUUAUCCUCUCUUAAUGCAUCUCUUUAUCGGAUCUUUCUGUUCUCAUUCACCUCGAGCUUGUCUGACAAAAAGUCCAACAUAGCGCGGGACGUGUGUGGACUUAUCCAGACUCUUGGUGUUCUUAAUGAUUCGCCGAUCACAAAUAACGAUAUGAUUAAAUCUAGCCUCGAUACUACCGCUUACCCCUGCGUUUUCCCUGAUUGCCGCAAAGUAUUCGUGUCGCUUUCAAAUCUUCGAGUGCACCGUAACGUUCAUGCAGACCAGCGUCCUCUUACAUGCUCUCGGUGUCCUGCAACUUAUGCAGAUGCCGACGUCUUCAAAUGGCAUGCAGCAAAACACAAUAUACGUGUACUGCGUUGUUCAGGCUGUAAAACAAAUUUUAUCCGCUCUGCGACCUUACGAAAUCAUCAGCACGAACCAAGCCCUUGUCUUAAUACAAGUGUCGCAGAGUUGGACAUAACGGAUAUCGAUAGCGGUGCUUUGGGCGCGAAGGAACGGGAUUGGUGUCGUGUACGUGCCUGGAACGCAGAGAUAGGUGCUCCGGUUGAUGAGGAUGGACUUGAAGAGGGAGAAUUCCCGUCUACUAUAGUCACGAAAGCGAUGAACUCUUUAGCGCCAUUGCAUGGCUUGCUAAGGAAACAGGUCGAAUGCCGUCUCCUAUCUCGAACGUCCACAGCGGACCAAACUGAAGGCGUAUUGCCUCUGGGAGAUGUGAUUGCACGUGCAGUUGAAGCUGCCUCCGAAAAUGCGCGCAAAGUUCUGUCUGGUGGAGAGGUGACGGCAUCGUCUUCGGCAUCAACUACUUUGCACAAUAUCCCGACUUCUUCAAACGCGGCAGAUGACCCGUCUCAUCUUCUCGCCACGAUGUCGCUCAACAAGGAUUAUACUGCAGCUGUUGAGAAAGCCAUCGUAGAUGCUUCCGCUGCUGCGCUGGCUCAUGCGGAAGCUGAGAUGAUGGUGCUAUUUGAAGAAUUGUCUAAUGAACCAGCCACUGAAGGAGCGACUACUGCAAAGGAGGGUGGGAAAUGAUAAUACGCAGCAUGAUGGAGCGUACUAAUCGAUGUCGCUGAGGAGUGAAAUGGCUACUGCUUGACUUCCACUCUUGUUCUCCACAUCGAAAUCCGACGGAAUAUCGAGUGAUAUGGACUGCUGUACCUGCCUCGGCUACUUCAGUUUGCCUGCAAAGUCAGCUGAAACAUUGCUAGAGAGGUACCCUCUCUGUUCGUAUUUAGCCGUUACAACACUGGUGCCGCCUCUUUCCUUGCGUAUCCGCGAAAGGGAUGACUUAGAUGGUCGUUCCGACACCUGGCCCGCGUUCGAAUAGCGCGUUGCCUCCUAUCCCUGACGAACUAUGGGCAAACAUAUUCGUCUAUGCUCUACCUCGUACACCUAGCUUUUGCUUGCACGAAUCUCCAACAUCAGUCUCACACGUUUGCCGAUCAUGGCGUCAAGUUGCUAUCUCCUACCCACUGUUGUGGUCCAAAAUAUCACUGGCAUCAUCACAUGAUAAUGUGUCGCACGGAACUGUGGAGCUUUUUAAGCUAUGGCUGGACAGAUCACAAAACUGCGCAUUAGAUGUCGACCUUCGGCUUCCGUUCGACGUUCUACCUUGGUCGAUUGCUACGAAUGACGAAGAGUUUAGGAUAAUUAACGAGAUACUUUCCCUUCUCUACAAGCACGCCCCUCGCCUUCGAUCUCUACUUCGUGGUUUCCCUCAAAUCCUAAACAAAGUACUAUUCGCCGAUAACCUUCCGUUACUCGAACUUUUCAUUGUGGAUCCACCAGAAGGAGAACUUUGCACCUUCCCUAUCGUCAGUCUCCCAUCUAACCUGAAAUGCUUUGCAACAUUCAAUACCUACAUCCACUUCACUCCGGCGACCCGAUGGCCACGACUGGAGCACCUCGAACUUUGGCAAACAGACUCUGGAUUUGCAGGUCUCAGUGCAGGAGAUUGUCUGGAUAUUCUCUCUAAUUUGCCUUCUCUCCGUUCCGCUAGCUUCCACAUCUCGGUUGAUGACGACGAGAGUAGAACCGAAUUCCCAUCACAAGUGACACUACCUGCGCUACGUUGCAUGGUAAUUUCCUCCUUCGUCGAGCACGAUAUUGGGGUCUUACUCCCAAGACUUUCUACGCCUAUCCUCGAAGCCAUAGCUUUAGACGGCUGUUCCAGACGCGUACUCGCCGACAGCCUUCCGCGAUUCUUGUCACAGUGUGCUCGAACGUUCAAGUUUAUCGCGCUAGGUCAAAUCGGUAUUAUCGACGUUACUCUACUUGGUGCACUCGCCGAUUGCCCCGCGCGUUCUCGCAUCGCCAUCUGCAGCUCUUCGUUUGACGGACACGUUGCUGCCAGAGUCGGCCGUGCACGUCGUACCGAGCUAGGUAUCGAAUACGCAGAUAGAUGGACAAGCAAAGGUUCACCCGAGUUUCUACUCUGUCUCGCGUACACUUCAGAGGAAAUGUGGUGUCAAAUGCAAGGUCGAGAAGCGACGUUUUCAUUCCCUGAAUGGACUUAUCAUAAUUUCGAUAAAUGGCGACCUGCUGCUAUUUCUCCAGAUGAAGCGACUAGUGUAGUCGAAGGAGUUAACAGUGUGAAAUUCUCUAUAUGUGGAGGACAAUCGGCUUCGCAUUCUUGUUCACACGACAGUUGGCUUUCGUAGUUACAUGUGAACUUGCAUGCGUUGUACAAAAAAUACUACGGUAUUC